ACAUGACCCACAAGCAAGAUGCAGCAUUUUAGAUGAGUUAAGAAGAGCAGUUCCGCCUUUUAUCUCUCUGUGUGUUUCUUAUGUUCUUGUGAAUUUAUUUCUCAACUCAUCGUCUCGACUUUAACUCAACUUAUCUGUCGCAAUAAAGAAGAAAGUUUGAGGACGUGACUCAAACAUGGAGACAGAAAGCCGGCUCGCAACACUUUCUGUACUUCUGUGCGCCGUGUUGUGUCCCUGUGUUUUUACCUUCAGCCCUGAGCAGAUUGACCCUCUGCUGUAUGAGGAGCAGCUGCUGUGGGUGAGCGGAGCCCAGGGGCAGGUGAACACCUACAGGAUCCCCCUCCUCACCUUCACCCCCAAAGGAAGCCUGCUGGCCUUCGCAGAGGCCAGGAAGUCAGGGGCUUCUGAUAUAGGAGCAAAGUUCAUUGCAAUGCGGCGGUCCACUGACAAAGGAGCCACCUGGUCCCCGACUGCCUUUAUAGUCGAUGAUGGAAUACAAGGUGACGGCCUGAACCUGGGCUCCGUGGUGGUGGACGAGGAAGUGGGCUCAGUGAUUCUGGUCUACUCCAUCUGCUUCCACCUCUUCCACUGCCAACCAUCAAGCACCAUGAUGGUGGAGAGCAGGGACGACGGCCUCAGCUGGAACCAGCCCAGAAACCUCUCGGUCCAGCUCGGAGUGAAGAACUUCGCUCCGGGGCCGGGCUUCGGCAUCCAGAAACGCUUCAACCCAGCUAAGGGGAGGUUGGUGGUGUGUGGCCAUGGGACACUGGAGGGAAAUGGAGUUUUCUGCAUCCUCAGUGAUGACCACGGACUUAACUGGCGCAACGGUGCUGCGCUGAAAAGCAUCCCUUACAACCAGAAGAAGAGAGCACAGGACUUCGACCCUGACGAGUGCCAGCCGGUUGAGAUGACGGACGGCAGCAUCGUCAUCAACGUGCGGAACCAGAACAACUACCACUGUCGGUGUCGCAUUAUUGUACGCAGCCACGACGGUGGAGAGACCCUGCCCAUAGACGAUCUGUUCUUUGACUACGAGCUGGUGGAUCCUGCAGUAGCAGCUGGAGCUCUGCAGAAAGAUGGAGUGCUCUUCUUUACCAACCCCUCUAAUAUGCAACACAGAAUUAAUAUGACGUUACGUUGGUCGCUGAACGAUGGCAAAUCUUGGGAGAAACAAGCUGUGCAGUUAUGGGCGGGGCCCAGCGCCUACUCCAGCAUCACAUCACUGGACACUGGCUCCGUAGAGGACCAGAAGUACAUCUACGUCAUCUAUGAGAAGGGCCACAAAGAAUGUUACGAGACGGUCUCGUUCGCAAAGAUCCACCUGUAUGGUGGCCGGUAGAGCAUGUGAGAGGGAGAUACAAUGCUGGAGGGAAAGGGAAACAGAAAGCUGAAACUGACUCCUAGGACUUUCUCAGGAAGAAAAUAAAAGACUUUUUAAACUCACUUUAUAAUAUUGAAUAUGGGGCAAUGAGAGGCUCAACACUAUUAAUAUUUAGACGGUUUAUGGUCAGCUUGUGAUAAUCUUAAAUACAAUUUUCUCUUUAUUUUAUUUUCCUCUUCUCUAGAAUUCCCACAUUUAAUGACGUUGCAAGUCUCAUGUCCAUUUUUCUGUGUUUGGAUAUGUUGCCAAGUGUGUGUGUUUUCUAAAAAGUUGUUUUUGCACAGCCGCAAUAUUUUGUGGAUUUCCUCUUCCUAGACACAAGUAGACAGAAUAAAAAUAUGACCAAGCAAGGGACCGUUAAAUGUUGAAGACUAAGUUUCAGACCAAAUACACUAGUUUCCAAGCUACUUAAAGGGUAACUUCUGUAUUUUUCAACCUGGACUCUAUUUUUUGUGUCUCUGGCUUUUGUGUGUUGUGUAAAUGAGGAAUGGGAACAACAUUUUUUGACACUAUGCACUGUCAAUUUACGUCCACUUAAAGUGCUUGUUUUGUCACUGACGGGCUCAGAUUGUUGACAACAUUAUCAAAAGGGUUCCCUCUUAUGAUAGACGUUUUUGUUUGAGAGUAAGAUCCUUUUUGUUUAACCAGAAACACUGAUUAAAUCGAUAUCGCCAAAACCCACCAGACUCAAAUAAUUUUAUUGUGUAUAGAGCCAGCAUAUUUGCACAUUUAAGAGGUUGAAUCUAGGGCUGAAGCAAGAACGUUUUUCUAAGUUAUAUUUUAUUUCUGUCAACUUUAAAUUAAGUGCGUUUAAAGGUGAUAAAAUUACUGUUUAUUUAAAUGGAGUCUGGUGGGUUUGGCGAUAGAGAUUUUGGGGCUGCUCCUGGCUAAACAAAAAGGAUCUUACUCUUUAACAAAAAAGUCUAUCUCUGUAUGGAUCAUUUUCAUAAUGUUGUCAGACACUUAAAUUAACAAUCUUAAUCUUAACAAAUUUAAAAAAUUGCUGUCUCCAUUAGUCACUUAGACACAAAAAUUUGGGAAAAUAAGGUCAAUACUGAAGUUACUGUCCAGCAGCAAACAGCAACAGCAAAUGAUGAUACCAUACUAAAAGUAUCACAUCACAGUCUUCUGAGAUGACUAAUGACUUUCAGCAGUUUGAAUAUGAUGUUAAUGCAGUGUAGAUUUUAAGCACCUCUGCAUUGAUCACAAAUUCACCUCACUGUCAGAGCCACUGUAUGUUUGACGCUGGGGUGAAAUGAUUCCUAUUUGCUCAGAUAAUGUAAUUUAAUAGUGAAGCAGCCUACUUUCAAUUCUCAUGUGGGUUCACGGUUUUAUAAUUAUAAUUAUUGCCUUUAUUGAAAUAUGAGUGUGCCAUGAAUAUAGGCUGAUUGAAAUGGGUUCUGCUGCCUUUAUAAAACCAGAAGUUGUGUGAAAUGAUGUGGAUGGCUUUGAUAUAUUGGGGUUUGAGUGGUUUUAGAAAAAACAAUAGUUAAAAUAGAAAUGAAUCGUGUGUGUGCGUGUGUUUAAUGAAUGUAAGAGUGAAGAGGUGAGAACAUGAUGUAGCCAAAGUAUCCUUUUAUGCACUUGAACAACAUGUAUUCUGAUAUUUUGUAAUCAGUCUGAAGUUCCCUCAACUCAAAUUUGGUUAUUUUAUUUCCAAAUCAAGUGUCCAUUUAUGCCGUGUAUUAUCAGCAUUGUACACAGGGUUAGAUUGUUUUUAUGCAGGACAUUAUCUGAUCUGUACUAUCUGUAAAAUAAAUCAAUGGUUUCUAACAA